AUGGAUGAUCCUUUGUUGAAGAUAUCUGUGGUUCUACUGUUUGCAUUAAUAUUUUUGCUGUCUCUUUAUUCUCUCAAGUUUUUGCAAUCCAUUCUCAUAACGACUAAGCAGCAUGAGGGAACAACAGUAGUCGAGCCUCCUGGAACGACAGGUUGGCCUAUCAUCGGAGAGACUCUGGAUUAUGGUCGAGCAAAUCUAAAAGGAUUUCCAGAGAAAUUCUUUUACGACAGGGUUCGUAAAUACUCUUCCAAGGUCUUUAAGACUUCAUUAAUCGGUGAAACUGUGACUGUCCUCGAUGGUCCUGCUGGUAACAAAUUCUUGUUCUCCAACGAAUACAAACUCGUGACAAUUUGGUGGCCUCGAGCAAUUCAAAGGAUUGUACCAAUUACUGACGGAAUUACCUCGCCUUCGGGAAUUCAACUUAUGGCAGCUGGCUAUCACACUACAAGUACUGUUAUCACAGUCCUUAUGAAGUUCCUUGCUGAUUUUCCGGAUGUCCUCAAUGAGGUAUUACAGGAGCAGAACGAAGUUGCCAAGUCCAAAUCACCGGGAGAGUUGCUAAACUUGGAUGACAUUUACAAAAUGAAAUACUCAUGGAAUGUGAUAUGUGAAGUACCGAGACUUGCACCGCCGUUCCAGGGAGGUUUUACCGAGGCAUUGACAGACUUUACGUAUGCCGGAUAUUUCAUUCCAAAAGGACGCAAGUUAUAUUGGACUGGAAUUUCAACACACAUGAAUCCAGAGAAUUUUCCAGAUCCUGAAAAGUUUGAUCCGUCUAGAUUUCAAGGCAAAGGACCUGCUCCGUACACAUUUGUACCAUUCGGAGGAGGAGCUGGGAUGUGCCCUGGAUACGAGUAUGCUCGAGUAGAAAUACUUGUUUUGCUGCACCACGUAGUGAGAAGGUACAAAUGGGAGAAAUUGAUUCCCGGCAAUAUUAAUGAAAGGUUAAAAGUUAACCCCUAUCCAUUGCCGCCCAAAGGGUUUCCGAUUCGUCUUCAACCACGGACGACCUAG